UUGAAGGGAACGUCUCUAUCCUUGAAGAUGUUGCAGAAGAGCUUUAUCUACAAGCUAACGUUCCACGGAGGAAUAGAAAGUGGACGUGAUAAUACAUCUUGGUUCUACUCCAAAAGGAUUAUGAAGAGGACAGUGCUUUUUCCCCAGAUGUGAACACUUAUGCUAGCAUGUUCUUCAUAAGACAUUUAAAAACAUGUUUCUGUGCAGAUUUUCUGCCAAAGCCAACUCUUAAGUUAAUAGGAUAAACUGAAAACAUAUUUGAUUAUAUUCUGGACAUGAAACUGAAGUUUAUGAGCCGACUGUAUGUGGAUCACCGGGCAUCAGUGACAACAAGUUGAGACGGUUAAAAGCAAAACAAUAGUCAUUCUCCGCGCGUCAGGCAGCUUGGAGCAGUUUACACAGCGGUGUGGCCAACAGUCCGGGUGCGCGUUUAGGAAAUGGAGCGAAAUAAUGAACGCUUGUUUCUUUGGAAGUGUAUUAUUUUUCGUGUCGGCAUCCGAAUAUAAAUGUAAUGGGAAUACAAACAGACAUAGCAAGUCAAACACGAGUGUUGAGAUACAUGGCUUAUGUUAUAUUUUCCUGUGCGUAAUGGACAAAUAACAUUAGCUACAAAGAAGCACCCUCGUUUACAGGUUGGCAAAUGUUGAAAUAUGGAAGUGUAUGGCAGUCAGACCACCCAUGAAUGUACGGCUGACCAGAGUACUGACCAGUGCUGCUUGUGCAUGCUGAGGAUGGAUUUGACUGUAAAAUAGGGCCAUAGACAGCUGUAGUGAUGAUUUCAGCUGGGGGAGUGAUCACAGGCCAUCUUGCUGCGCUGAAGAGGCAGGACUCUGCCCGCUCCCAGCACCACCUGUCCAUCCAGUCCCCAGCCCCAGGAGAGAUCCAGGAGAAGAGGAAGGCCAAGCGUAAAACACGGGCCGAUGUGGUGGUGGUCAGGGGGAAAAUCCGCCUCUACUCUGCCUCUGGGUUCUUCCUCAUCCUGGGUGUGUUGAUCCUGAUGGUGGGCAUUGCCAUGGCCGUGCUGGGCUACUGGCCACACACAGAUCCCCUUGUAGCGGCCAACACCAAGCUAUCCACCAACGACACCAGGGUGACCCGGGAGCAGGACGGUAAGCUGAUCCAGUUUUUUGAGCAGCACCUGCACUCUGAGAAGAUGAAGAUGCUGGGGCCGUUCACCAUGGGUAUUGGUAUCUUCAUCUUCAUCUGUGCCAAUGCCAUCCUGCAUGAAAACAGGGACCGGGAGACCAAGGUGAUCCACAUGAGAGACAUGUACUCCACCGUCAUCGACAUCCACAGCCUGCGGAUCAAAGAGCACAAGUACAUGAACGGGGCCUACUCAGGCCCCUAUGGGGAGCAUGAGGUCAGGACCUAUGAGAACCAGUGUGCCUCCAAACUAGCUGCUAACACCCUGCUAGGGUUCCCCAGUGUGGGGAACAACGUGAGAGUGUCAUGCAGGACCAGCUCUACGGAGGACGAGGAGGGUCUUCUCAACGAGGCCAAAGGGGGGCAUGGACUCGUGCCUUCGUUCUGCCGAGAGCGCUCUGGCUCCAUCUUUGGCUUGCAGCAUGAAGGCAGCCGCCAUGAGAAGAGCAACUUGCCCAAGAGAUGCCAGACCAGGUCCAUCGUCUCAUCCUCCAUCAGCGCUUUUACCCUUCCUGUCAUUAAGCUUAACAACUGUGUGAUUGACGAGCCUGACAUGGACAACAUUACAGAGGACCUGGAGUACAUGAGGGUUAGGUCCAGACCCCCCUCUAUGCAGUCCCUUUCCCUGGCUGUGCCUGUCCCGGCGGACAUCGCCAAAGCCUACAAACCCCCUGGUAUCAUGCUCCUCAGGAGCAAUUCGGCCACAGAGUCUCACACCGUGUCGUCUCGUAGCUCUCUGUCCCCAGGUUCUGCCAGUGGGAGCUACCUGUCCCCUGGGGCGGCCCGGAAGGACUUUGGCUCUAACAACUCCCUCCACAUGCUGUCUUCUCACUCCAAGUCUCUGGACCUGGAUCGAAGGCCCACCACCCUGACAGUGAAGCCAGAGCAGAGGAAACAUCCCAGCUGGCCCCGACUGGACCGCAGCAACAGUAAAGGCUACAUGAAGCUGGAGAACAAGGAGGAUCCUAUGGACAGACUGCAGCUGCCCCAGGUAGCAGUCAAACGGGAUUACACCAAGAAAGAGAAACUGCUCAUGAUCUCCAGGUCUCACAAUAACCUCAGCUUUGAACAUGAUGAGCAGUUCAUGAGUAACACUAUGAAACGAGGGAGCUCGGAGACCAGGUUUUAAACUCUUACAAAGCCUGGUCCCAGAUGUUUGUACUGUCUUGCAAAAAUGACCAUACAGAUGUAGGAUCUUAAUUUGAGCCAGUUAGCUACAGCAGAAAAUAUUAUUGCAGUACCAGGAAAUGUGCAUUAUAAUUAAUGGACAUUUUUGUAGGGGUUGAUACAUUUUUCAGUAGGGCAAAUUAAGUCUGACAUUUGAAAGUGGACAUUGCUAACUUUAGAAGCCUUUUGAAACCUUGAAUAUACUACAAGUUUGCAUUUCCUGCUCGGCAGAAAAAUGAUCAGCAACAAAAGAGUGAUCAAAUUAAGAUUCGACAUCUGUAGGAGUUGGCAAGACAGCACAAACAGAUCUGAGACCAGACUUUAAAUGGUCCGCUACUUGGACCUAAUUCUAACAAUGGUGUUUCUUUGUGUCACGAUCAUUCUGCAAUACGAAUCACAAUUCAAGCUGUUCACUGUCAGUGUUGAAUAGUUAAUUGUAAGUGUGAUGACGUGCUCAGGUAUUCCGUCUGUUUGCAAUGAGUCGAAAGAAAGAGAGGCUGUGUCACACACGGUGAGAUUAUUGCAGCGCAAAUCAAUUUGAACAAAAUGUUGAAAUUAGGUUCAAGGUGAACUUGAAAAUACAGAAAUCAAUAUGACUAAAAUGUGGUUUGUUUUUCUCAUCUUUGCAAUGUUGCAACAGGCAGUUUUGUUUGUUUAAACUGGUCAGUGUAUGUACCAGAGUUGGCUAGAUAUUUUGCUAUGGAGCUUUUAAUAAUGUAAUGUUCUCUACAAACACUGCUAUUUUUUUUAAAGAAACGAGUUAACCUGUAAAUGUACAGUUUACCCAUUUCUCAGAAUAAAAUGAAGCUUUUCAGUGA